CCCCGGACAAUAGGGGAUCAUGGGGCCCCUGUGUCCUUGCCCAAACUCAAAAAAGCCUAUGAAAAAGGUACCAGGUGUAUCUCAUGGGGCCCCCCACUGACCCCGGGCCCUCGGGCACUGCCCGAGUUUCCAAAUGGUCAGUCCGCCCCUGGCAUCAGGCUUUCAGCCCUGAUGACUUGGGAUAUCUCCGAUAUCCCGGGUAUUUAUCUUUGAUGAUAUGGGUGGCUUUAUUUAUGGCCGUAGUCCCUGUGGCCUCUGUUCAUUCAUUUGUAUUUAGGUACCAACCUUGCUGCCUCCUACCACUGCGUUUAUGAAGCUAAUUGUUCCCCCUUUUCUUGCUAUUUUUCAAAUCUUGAA